UUUACUUACGUCGAUGAAUGGACUCGGACCUUUAAAAAUGUAACACGUUUCCUGUUCGUGAUAUGAAAUGUGUCCGGCUAGAAAAGUUAUAAAACCUUCUUGAAGUAAACUCUUGAUAUCAUUACAAACGACAAAGUAUGGCAUCGGCUCCUUCUCCAUCCCCUCAUGACCGGAGCAGGAGUGAGGAGGAGGAUGAUCCAGUGGAUGGGAUGAUCUCCAGGACAGGCUGUGCUGAACUGCACUACGCUCUGCAGGACUGUAUGGCUGAGCAUCAGGACUGGAGGAAGUGUCAGACUGAGGUUCAGAAGUUUAAGGAGUGCAUGACCACCUACCAGAACACUCGCAAAGAGCAGCUCCUGAAGCAAAGGACGUCAGCUACACAAUCUGCCUGAUGUACAGACCUCUGAGACUGUUGCACAAUAAAACAUCCAUCUCAUUUUAUAACAAAAUGCAUAGUAUCAAGAACUUCAGGAAUGCAUUGAAAGAAAUAUUUCAUGAAAGGUGUACUUGUGCAGUACAUUUUAAUGUAUGUUCAAUGUUCAUAUUUAUUACACAAUGAUAAGAAAGAAGCCAAACAAAGGCUUUUUCACUCGACUCAGACUUUUGUACAUGUCUUCAUAUGCUGGUUUAAAUAAUAAACUCAGAAUUUCAUAAUA